AUGCAAUUGCAAACUCUACAUUCAAAUGUUUCGGCGCACGUUGCGGCCCUUGCAGCUCUAGAUCAGCCCAUUCAACAUUGGAAUGCUUGGCUAGUGACAGUUGUUUUGAGAAAAUUAGAUCAAUCCACGAAUCAAGACUGGCAGCUUCGGCGCUUCAACACAGAUUUGCCAACGUACGCUGAGUUAGAAGGUUUUUUAAUGAAGAGGUGCAUCGCGUUGGAAUCAACUGAAAGGCUGUUUGUAAGUUUUGAGAGAGAUAAGGAUAUUAUUGCAGCAAGUGAUCUCAAAAUGAAAAAAUCCUACCAGAGCAACAACUCAAUAAAAGGUCUUUUUAUAUCUACCGAAAGACCAAUAAAAUGUCCAUGCUGCUCUGAUGAGCAUAAAUUAUAUGCGUGCAAUAAAUUUAAGGAAAUGGCCAUAGGGGAUCGUGUGACAUUUUUAAGAGACUCGAGGUUAUGCUAUAAUUGUCUGACCCCAAAUCAUAUGGCGACUGUGUGCCGAUCUACCUAUAGUUGUCGAAUAUGCAGGCGCAACCAUAAUACAUUAUUGCACUUUGAGAAGGCAACAGGUCCGACGGAAAGAGUUGAAGGUCAAGCUCAGCAGUUAGAUGUACAAAAACACCCCAACUCGUCACAAGACUCAAAUAUUUCAGCAGCUGCUUCAUUUGUGGAUGGAUCAGAGCAAGGAUACGUGUUUUUGUCUACUGCGCUGUUCCUAGCAGGCCGCAGAUUCGGAAAUCUGAAAAAGUGCAGAGCAGUUUUGGACAGCGGAUUUAAAGUGAAUUUUAUUUCAAGAAACUUAGCAAAUAAAUUACAGCUACAAUCCAAAAAGUCAUCGCUACCGGUGAGCGGAAUUGGAGAAAGCCGGGUCCAAGCGUUGUCGUUCGUUGAAGUUUCAAUUCAGUCAAGAUUAAAGAAUUAUAGAGUAAAAUUAGUGUGCUAUGUUUUACCAACAAUUGUCAGUAAACUACCAGCAUGUCCAAAUCCCUCAAAGGGUUGGCAGAUCCCAGAAGAAUUACUAUCUGAAUUAGCAGAUCCUUUUUUUUACAAUCCUGGUUCUGUAGACUUGUUAAUCGGCGGAGGAGUAUUUUUUGACAUAACUUCAACUACAACUGGACGAAGACCAUUAAAUUUAAAAAAUAUAUGUUUGAACGACAGUCAGUUUGGAUGGCUAGUCACUGGUGAGCUAGGAAAGGUGUGCUUAGCAGGAAUUCGUACGGUAGGAAAACACUAG